AUGACAAUACGAAAAGCAAAGCUGAUUUAUUGUUCUGUUGGGAUCAUCAUUUUCGUCAUUGUUCCUAGCUGUAUUUUUAUGUACACAGAAGAUUGGACCUUCAUAACCGCUCUAUAUUUCGCAGUGACUUCUUUGGCGAAGAUUGGUUUCGGCGAUUAUGUUCCCCGAGCUCAUCCUCCUGAGGAAUGGGCUCGUCGCGCGGACAAAUUUGAUCUUGGAGAGUGCGUUGAAGCUAUAGUUGAGGAAUCGACAAGAACCUUCAAUGUAAAGCGAACACCGAUCGAUGUCUCAUCAAAGGCGUUUUGUCAACCGACUCGAUGGGAUAAUAUUUACUGGCUGGGCUACUGGGUUUACCGAUUUCUCGUUUAUCUCUGGCAACUAACGGGGCUGUCGUUUUCUGGAACAAUGAUUUCUAUGAUCGUUAAAAAACUCCAGCAAGUGAUCCCAGAAAUGUUUCCUUGCUUAGUUGUCGAUUCUGAAAGACCGUUCUACAUUUUCCCGAGUCCUUACAAUCGAUCUCUAUGUGUAUCAAGAACUGAGAUUAGCCCUACCGGAUCCCCGAUGACGAACAAGACAAAUGGACAACUUCUUCAGCUGAUUCCGCAAAAUUGUGCGCUCUCUCGCCAACCAUCUUACAGAACUCAGAAGUCCGAUUCAGGUGUCGCUUCUGCCAUUGGAACCCCCUACAAUAGACGAAAAUCGCUUUCUCAAGCAAGAGGAAGCCAAGAGACUGCGAUCGAGAGCGCUUAUUUUGAGCCAAAGAAUAAUUUUCCAACGCCGCGGUUUAGAAGAUGA